CCUGGAUUGCCUGGGACAUCACGAUUGUCACGAUCCUCUGCUCUGAGAAAAUCGACAGCACCAAUAGCAUCGCUUCUCGACUCCGGCCCAUGUCUGAGACUGAUCUGAUAUACGGCUCGAUCCUGAAGGCCUCGGGGCCCGAGCCGUUCCUCGAUAUCGUGGCCAACCUCAAGCGGGAGAGCGAAUGCGUGUCCGAUCCAACUCAGCAACUUGCUCGCAUAAAGUCCUAUCUCUCUGCGGUCAAAAUUGCUGCGGGAUGUGCCUCCAUCAGAGAGAGAGCACUGCAGAGCUUUUACACAGCUGCGGUUCAACGAUACCUAUCCGAGCAGGCGCAGCAGGAGCCCGACGUUUGCAAGCAGGACAUGGCCUGUCGCUGCGUCGUCGAUACCGCGGUGGAGAUCAGCCUAGGAAACGCCGAGUUUUUUUCGAGAAUCACCGCGGACGCUCUCCAUGGGAUCAGCGAGUUCAUUGGUAGCGCCAAACCCUACAAGAACUACUACUGUGUCUUCAAGUCGCAUACCGAUUCCGAUAACAUGAUCCGCAGCAGCACGCACUCGAGCGAGAACAGCUUGGCCGUCGUCUGGGGACUCGAGUACUUCUUGCGGGUCUUCCGAAGAAGCACCCAUCUGGAUUCCAUUGAAGAAGAGGUCCUGGACUCGAUUUUCAGCUCGAUUCUGAGGCUGUGGGGAUGCGGCGACCCGGUUAUUCGGGCCAAGGUCGGAAACGAGCAGGUUCCUGCGAUGUUCGCUUGGAACACCUCACAGGGCUCUGCCAAACACCCAGAUUGGUGCCAGGCUAUCUGGACCCGAGUACUGACGAUCCAUGAAGAGCUUGGCUCAGAGCAUGUUUUGUACAAGGAGGCGCCCGGCGCACUGUGUCGCCUGUUUGAUUAUUUCUUCGGGCUGGAGGAACGCAAUGGGCGGCUCCAGCUCGUGCGGCAUGCAGACCUUGAUCUGCGCAAAGAACCUGCGCUCUUUCAGAUCAUUCAGACAUCGCUCGAGGGCUCGGACAAUGUUGCCAUGAAAUACUCUUUGUUUUUGCUGAAACGGGUCGUCGACUUUUCAAAACAGUUUCACAGCAAGCUUUCCCAAAAUGACCGUCCCUGGACUCGAUACUUCCAAUGGAGCAGCGCAGAUACAAAGACGUAUUCGGCAAUGUGGGACGAGUUCUUUUUGCUUUUCGACACCAUGCAAGAGUCCUAUCCACACCUCGUGGUGCCCAUCCUUCCCAAGCUCUCUGCGUUCAUGCAGCCCAAGGAAAGCCGAGGAUCGACUCUCAAGAUUGAUGUAUCCUGGUGGUGCCUCCUAUUUGAGCGGGGCUGCCAGAACUUUACACUGGUCAUUCGAAAAAAGGUCAUCGAAUACAUCCUGUCUUUGGAAGACAGUCUGACCCUCCUUCUGGGCCAGCAGUGGAAGUUUCUCACAGACUUUUUCCAUAAGCACAUCGACGUCACCAUGUUCUACACCAUUCCGGGCUUGGGUCUGUUCAUAUCGCCCAUGGGAGAGAAGCUCAAGGAGUUCAUUGGACGCCUCCUGAGCGGGUAUUCGGUCAGCGAUCAGGGCCGGCUCCUCUCCAUGGCCAUCGCCAACCUUCCUCGAUUCAACUGCCCGUUUGCUGCGCUGUUUAUAUUGCAAGGCAUCAUGGACGCCGUCGAGGCGCAUCGGAUCUCGGAAAUGUGCCGUCCAUGGGCUACAAAGGAUCUCCAGCUUCUCAUGAAUGUUCUGGAUAGCGAAAAGGCCAGCAACGUCUGGAGUAAACUCAACUCGCGCAAAUACCUUCGUCGCCUUGAGAUAGCAGCUAUAGCUCGGCUAACCGACUCGACCCAGACAACCUACGAGCAUCUCGCGAGAGUCAUUUCGAGCGUGAUGAACGAAGAUGCCGUCGGGUUUAGUUCCCCAGAGUUCUUGUCCAUCAAAGCGUGGCUUCACUCGAUCGAUGCAUCAAACCAAGAGCAGGGUACAUGGCUCAUUCAGGGGCUCUGUAGCAGUGUGCGAUCGUUUUUGUCAUUGCAAAGCAACGCGGAUGUGCCUUCUCAAGAAAACAUCCAGGAAAUGGCCUGCCGAAUCAGUCGCAUGAUUGUGUUCUUGGUAGAUGGCAGUGCCAUGCAAGAGUCUGCCGCGGCGAUUCGGCAUGUGCUUGACCCACUGCUUCUCGGACUAUCGACGCUGCACCACCCUUAUACACCCCGAAUUGCUCGGCACCAACGCAUCAUCCUUAUGGAGGAGGUCUGCAAGGGUCUCGAGGGUCUUCAGGUCGGAUUUCCAAUCUUCUUGCUCUUUGAAACCUUUCACGAGGUCCUCCAAUCCGCUACGGUGUACUUCGAGGCCGAGCUUUGCACGGUAGACGACCAGCACCGAGACAUGGAUAUGAUCGUAGUGCAAGCGCAAUUUUUGAAGCGAAUCCUGAGUCUCUCGUGGCUCCAGCCUGGAAGCGACCGAUGCGAAGCUGAUGCUGCAGGCUAUGCCAUCAAAUGGGUCGCCACUAGCACCAACAAUCUCCAGAUUCUGGCAUGCGAGCCCCAGACAACGGCUGCAAGACAAUGGGCCAAGUACGCGGCUUUGAACCUGUUCACUGUCGCGGCAGAUACACUGCUUCGCCAUGGGAUCAGGCCGGAUCUUGCGAGUCUGCCCGACAUCCAGUUGUUCUUGACCGAAACCAAGAUGAUAAAGAUCUUUAAUGACAUCGAGGACCGACAAAAGAAUUGGAACAGCAUCCAGCAGACCUUUACGGUCGCGCAGUUUGGCGCUGCCCGCGCUCUCGUUGAGCUGCAGAUCAAAUACAUGUCCUCUCUGUUGCCUCGUCGUGUUAUCGGCCAGUUGAUUGACGAGCUGGAGAAUGCCACAGAAGUCACGGCACCGACUCUCCUGGAAGUCAUUCGACUGUCGAUCGAUUUGCAGGAAGACAAGAGUGUCGAAGAGAUCGAUCACAUCGUUUCCUACACAAUCGCCAUCCUCGAGGAGAACUGGUCAAAUUCGCGAUUUUUCUUGGCAUUGCUCGACCAGCUGUUGCAAUUGCUUUUCUCACCCAGUGUGCUGAACGACAAGCGUCUCUAUGGAGAGGGCAACCCCGUCAAGAAGGUUGUUCGCGUGCUACUGCAAUGGAGCGAGAUUCGACAAGGCAUCGCCCCAAAGUUUUCGACACUGCUGUAUCACCAGCUACUACGGUCGAUCGAGCAGUCGCGGCGGUCUGGUGCCAAACUCUGUUUGCUCGAGGAGCUUUUGGGUGAGGUGUUGGACCUACUUCUCUAUGGACCUGCAAGAGACAAGGACAAAGAUGAGCACAAACUGGAUGCAGCCAUCGCCCUCAAGCUGAACCAAGAAACGCACGCCAAGGAGGAGCUGGACGAGAUGAGCGGGACGGCUGGUUGGAACUUUUCGCUCAACGACUACAUUGUCCGUGUCGAGAUGAAUGACUUGUUGUCGCGCCUGGACCGCAGCAACCCACAUGAGGCCCAAGUGGCUCUGAAGCUCCUCCGGGCACUGCUGGAGCGACAUGUCUGUGGGGAGUUUGAAGCCAGGCACAUGGACACUUUCAACCACAAGAAGCAGGUCCGCCUGUGGACUGCUGUGCACGUUAUCCUGCAUUUUGUGGAAGAGAGCGAGGCCCCGGGGUAUAUGGGGCUGCUUCUGAAAUGCAUGGAGAGAGAGCACAUUGUGUCGACCCGUUUCUACAUCGAGUGGGCGGUGAUGCGCAUCGCCAUCGCCUAUCCGUCGACCAUGGAGCAAGCCUGGACCAUGCUCGCCAAUGUAUCCGCUCGGGCCCAACUGGUGAGCUCUCUCCUCACCGUUGCUGUCCAUGUCGGCGAUCACCUGGACCCGGCCUUCCAGAGGAGCUAUUUCGAAAAGAUAUUUGUGCUUGCAUCGCCAUGGACGACCAGCCACCACUUUACGAUUCGGCUGUUCAGCCAGUAUGCCCUCUUCCGGGCGUGGUCGUAUUGCUCGUCGCACGAGCAUCUCCGUGAAGUCGUCGAAGGACAGAUGUUUGGGACGCACAUGGCAAAGUUCAUUACCGACAACGCCGACUGUAUCAAGUACCGCGAGAAGUGCGACAAGUCGUAUAUCUUGGGAGGCGGGUUCGACCCGCUCAAGGACGUUACGCUCGAGUUUAUCUUCCGGGGAUCAAUGAUUGUGCAGGACAUUGUCGAGGAGGAGCGAGUCGCUGCGGUGGGUACAGUAAGCAGGCAUUCUAUCAGCGAGGGACAUGGAUGGUGUGUCUCGACUGGAUACCCACAGCUGUGUCUGCAUCAACUUUGGUGAACUAGCGAUCGCCGCACGGCGCUUUUCAUCGC